AUGGCUAGUAUAAGUAUUGAUCCAGGAGGUAAAACAGGAAUAUAUUUUUCUGAUGGAGAACAAGAACAACUUUUAGAGAUAAAUAAGCCGACGAAAGAUGGAUUAAAUUUAUUUCGAUUAUUAGGUGCUAUUGAAUGUUUAGAAGUUCAGCAAGUAAAGAGUGUUAAUGUUUUGAAAGUGAAAGAGAUGACAAAAAGAUUAUUAAAUGGACUUACAAAAAUAGCAGAAUUAGAAUUUAAAAAAGGAAGAG